AUGGUAGCUCAAGAAGAAGUCGCGAGCUCCAUGGACUCCAUCGUCAAGAUGUGCUGUGCCGAAGAGGAGUGCGAGCCGAAAGACCUGACUGAGCUUGUAAUUGACGAGGAGGAUUUACCGAAGAUAACCAAGGCGGACAUGUCCGGAGACAUUUCCAAGUGCACGAGUUUAACUCUAAUAAACUUUACCAGUUGCGGCCUUACCGAAAUACAGGCCCCUUUUCCCGAGCUGGCCAACGUAGAAACCCUCGAUCUGAGCGAAAAUAAGCUCACUAGUGAUGUUAUCGAUAAGUUGGUUAAUUUAUCUGCCCUUCGGCUCUUACUGCUGCGUGGCAACCUCAUCGACUCUGUGGAGGAGUUUAAGGCGUUGAGGAAUCUCAAGUCCUUGCAGGUGAUUGAUCUGAAGGAAUGUCCCGUGGUUAAGACGGCCAAUUAUCGAAAGAAGAUAUUCGACAUACUCGAACAGGUAGAGGUGAUAGACGACAAAGGACGUGAUGGCGACUCGGUAGAUAUGGCUGCUAUAUUGGGUGUGAAUGAUGAGGAGGAUACAGACGAUCUUGUGGCGGCGGAUAGUUCCGAUGACGUUCUCUGUGCCCUCGGUCGGGAUGAGAUCCGUCGAAUGUUAGAAUUGGAUAGCUCGGAAGAAGAAGAGGAGAUUGAUAGUGAUCCCGAUGAGAACGAUAAGUCGGAGGACGAGGAGGAUGUGGAUCCGGACAUCCCUCCGGUGGCCAAGAUGGAAGAUGAUGAUGAAGGGUCUCCAGCCGCUAAGAAGGCUCGUAACUAGGCGUCUAGAAAUCUACCCGAACUGCGGUCUACGUUUCCUACUACGUCCAAAAGC